AUGGAAGACUGGGUAAGAGCCAAUGUCGGCUAUGGCUGCAGAAAGGGCUUGAAGCCAGAGAGCCCUAACCAGGACAGUUUUUCAUUGGUUGUGGUGGAGAGUGACUUUGCGAUGUACGGCGUCUAUGACGGCCACGGUCCAGCAGGUCAUGACUGCUCGGACCUGUCCUUGAGGAAGUUGUGCAGUGCGUUCUUGAAUGAUCCCGAUCGUGAAAAAGAUCCUGGAGCCGUCCUUACCAAGGUUUUCCUGGAAACGCAGGAGAUUCUUAUGAAACAAGGACAGUUCGACACGAGCGGGACGACGUGUACCAUAGUGUAUCAUGACAGGAAGUUGGACAAGCUGACCAUUGCGCAUGUUGGUGAUAGUAGAAGUGUGCUUGGCAAGAAGAAAGAUGAUGCCUCACCAUGGGAGAGUCUGGAAUUGACAACAGAUCACAAGCCAGACCUUCCCAAAGAGAAGGCCCGGAUAGAAAGCGCUACUCCACCUGGGCGAGUGGUCUUUGAUGGCUACUACAACCACCGUGUUUUUGCUCAGAAUGGUAUGUAUCCAGGUCUCAACAUGUCGCGUGCUCUUGGUGAUAUCAUUGCGCACAAAGAGGCUGGACUCACCGCCGAGCCGGAUGUCUGCGUCAUCGAUCUGAAAGCAGAACGCGAAAAGUAUUCCAAGCUGAUAUUGCUUGUUUGCACAGAUGGUGUUUGGGAGUUCAUUCUGAACAAGGAGGCAAUUGGCAUGGUGCAGAAGUUUCCGGAUUGCCAGCAGGCAGUUGACAGACUGAUGAAAGAGAGUUGGGACCGAUGGAUGAAAGACUCAGACAAUGAAAUCACGGACGAUAUCACGGCGAUGCUGGUGAACCUGUAG